UCACUUACUAAAAGCUGCUAGGACUGUGCUGCAGAGCCUGCCUGGGAUGAUAUACAUGCUGCUGAGAAUGACCAGGAAAGGAUCCUUCAAGCUUCCCCCUAUUGAUUGUGAAUGAUUGCUGAUUCAAAUCAUAUCAUCAAGAUUAGCUGGUGUAUUAUCUGGUUUCUUUUGGGAAAGUAUAAUUAAUGCCACCAUGGGGUGUGGACUAAGAAAGCUAGAAGAUCCCGAUGACAGCAGCCCUGGGAAAAUCUUUUCUACCCUCAAGAGGCCUCAAGUAGAAACAAAAUUGGACUCUGCAUAUGAAUAUACAUUGCUGGAUUUUAGUUUAGAAGCAUCUUCAAAUCCUAAUGUUAUUCGGAUAAAGUCUUUGCUUGACAUUCCAAGUAAAGUAGAGGAUUAUUAUGUGAGAGGAUAUGUUGCUACUGCAGUACAUCCAGUUAUUCUGUCUACUAGUCGCAGAAGGCACUUACCCAUUAGUUACUUGUAUCGAGUAGUUCUACAUCGACUUAAAUUAAGUCAAAAGCAUACAACAUCCACAGGACAAAGACACUCUAGGCUCGUAUUUGAGGACUGGACGUCAAUGUGUGAAACACUGACAAGUGAUGGAAUGAAAACUUUGCUAGAAAAGAUUAAUGAAAGAUCAAAAAGGGGAAUGAAGUUUGUUGGAUUAGUGACAAGGCCUUCCUAUCAGUCUACAACUUGCAAUGGCACAAAUACUGCAACUGAUACAAAAGGAUUGGAACAAGAGAACAUUUCUACUGUUCAUCCCUGCUCAUGUCCAGCAUCAGUUAACACAUUGACUAGAAGUCGAUUAAAGACGGAUGAUGUUGGUUCACAGCCAAUGUGGGGUCCUUCUGCAUUACAUGGGUUGCCGGGAGGUGGGUUGAGGCCUUGUGCUGAUGAAUCUAAAAACUGUUCUGAAGGGACUCUGAGUGGUCAUUCCUCUGAAAGUGGAAUAGACGAAGAAAUUCAUUUGGACAGUGAACCCAUUAGAGAUCAUGUUUUCCAUUCAAGCAGAGAGAGCAGUUUGCGCAAAUCAAGAAAAAACCAAGGUAGAGCGUUGUAUGCAGCAUUUAAUGUUUCUGAGCAUGAUCCAGUUAGUUGCAAAUAUCAUGAUGACAGCUUGUCAAUGAAAGUCACCAGAAAAGGAACAACUAUAUUUUCCCUGGAAGCAGACUGGCUUGAACUGACAACCAUUCAUUAUAAACAAGGAUUCAAUUUAAUUGAUUCUUUUAUAUGUUGGGAAACAUUUAAAGGCGAUCAGUCACCCAAGUCUUUGGAAGGAUUAUUCAUUUAUGAAGAAGAAGGAUCUCGAGCACCAGGAUCAAGGAGGAGAGGAAAUGAUUCAAUAAUAGUGGAACAAUGGACUGUAUUUGAGGGAACGGAAAUAAAAACUGAUUAUGGCCCGCUGCUGCAUACCCUGGCUGAAUUUGGAUGGCUUCUUACGUGUGUCAUACCUACUCCGAUAAUUAGACAAAACAGUGAAGGAAAUUUGACUACAAAACAAAUUAUAUUUCUUCAAAGACCAGCAAUUUCAUAUUCAACUCUACCAGUAUCUGAGAAAAAAAUGAUGAAGCAAGUAGACUAUGACGAGAAAAAGAAAGGCUCUAUUAGAAGCAGUGGACAACACACAGCGCCUGUUCCCAAGACAUCUGAUAUGGGCCAGUCCUCAGAUGAAUUCUACUCGUCAGCCUCCAAACCAAGCUGGGCUAAAGAUGGCCACCAGCAGUUUGGUAGUUUCUCUGGUUUCAGCAGUGGGGAUCACAUGCUAAGGGAAUUAGACGACAGUCAGUUUGAUCAGGAAGAUGGAGUCACUCAGGUUACUUGUAUGUGAUCUAAAUGGUGCUGCGCUCCCUGCUAACCAUUCUGAACUGCAUUUAUUGUAUAGGAUUAUGAAAUUCCUUUACUAAUGACUUAAAAUAAUGUUUUUAUAUAUUAAUUUAUGUGAGCUGUACACUAGAUAGAAGGACAUUGUAAAACUUGUAGAUUUGACCAUUUAAACAAUGAAAUGACCUAUUUUGGGUGGUAUAAAUUAAUUUGCAUUUCCCCACGUACUCUGCAAAUAAUUUGCACAACAGAUUGCCUUUUUUUUUUACACUAAUGUCAGGUCUUAAUAUUUGUUUGUGAUAAUGGUUUAAUAGGUGGUUCUAUUAUAGUGUCAUGAUCUUGUUAUUUCAAUGCCAAAAUUUCGAUUGCCUAGCCAUUAAUGCCUUAUUUUAUACAGACCCUGUUGCUCUUCUAUGUAGAUACUACCUUGUGCGUGUAUAUAUUCCUGUGCAUAUAGCCACCGCACUUACUAUACAUCAUUGUUUUAUAGGUCACAAAAUCAAAUAUAGCUAAUGCAAAUAUGAAAAACUGUCACCUUAAAUAGGUUGCAGCAGAAGAUGCAUAAGGAGCUACUAUCAAAUUCUAGAUUUAGACUUGAAUUAUUGUUCUUUACAUUUAUUUUAAUCAAAUAAUUACCCUUAAAAUAUUAAUUCAUUAGUGUAGCCAGUCUUUUAUUUAAAAAAUAAGCACCGUAACUUUUUUCAAAACUCUAUUUCAGUAUUAAUGUAAAAUGUACUAGAAUUCCUUUUUUUAAGUUAAGCAUCCUUUACAAUCCGGCUUUUCUUCUGUUAUGUGUGAUCAGUCCACGGGUCAUCAUUACUUCUGGGAUAUUAUCUGCUCCCCUACAGGAAGUGCAAGAGGAUUCACCCAGCAGAGUUGCUAUAUAGCUCCUCCCCUCUACGUCACCUCCAGUCAUUCUCUUGCACCCAAAGACUAGAUAGGAGGUGUGAGAGGACUAUGGUGAUUAUACUUAGUUUUUAGAACUUCAAUCAAAAGUUUGUUAUUUUACAAUAGCACCGGAGCGUGUUAUUACCUCUCUGGCAGAGUUUGAAGAAGAAUCUACCAGAGUUUUUCUUAUGAUUUUAACCGGAGUAGUUAAGAUCAUAUUGCUGUUUCUCGGCCAUCUGAGGGAGGUAAAAGGCUUCAGAUCAGGGGACAGUGGGCAGUUGAAUCUGCAUUGAGGUAUGUCGCAGUUGUUAUUUUCUGAAUGGAAUUGAUGAAAAAAUCCUGCCAUACCGUUAUAAUGAACAUGUAUGUAUACUCUACACUUUAGUAUUCUGGGGAUGGUAUUUCACCGGAAUUACUCUGUAAAAGUACAUUAAACCUUUUAUUAGGUAUUUUUCAUGUUAAACGUUUUUGCUGGAAUGUAGAAUCGUUUGCAUUAAUGAGGUACUGAGUGAAUAAGUAUUUGGGCAUUAUUUUCCACUUGGCAGUUUGCUUGUGUUAAUUAUGACAGUUUCGUUUCCCUCUCACUGCUGUGUGUGAGAGGGAGGGGCCGUUUUUGGCGCUCUUUGCUACGCAUCAAAAAUUUCCAGUCAGUUUUUCUGCAUGAUCCGGUUCAUCUCUAACAGAACUCAGGGGUCUUCAAACUUCUUUGAAGGGAGGUAGAUUCUCUCAGCAGAGCUGUGAGACUUAUAUAGUGACUGUGAUUUAAAACGUUGUUUAAAAUUUAAUUUACUAAUGGGAACAAACCUUUGCUAAAAAGUUGUGUUGUUUGUUAAGAGUGAUGCUAUAACUGUUUUUCAGUUCAUUAUUUCAACUGUCAUUUAAUCGUUUAGUGCUUCUUGAGGCACAGUACGUUUUUAUUAAAUAAAAUUGUAACCGAGUUGCAUGUUUAUUGCUAGUGUGUUAAACAUGUCUGAUUCAGAGGAAGAUACCUGUGUCAUUUGUUCCAAUGCCAAGGUGGAGCCCAAUAGAAAUUUAUGUACUAACUGUAUUGAUGCUACUUUAAAUAAAAGCCAAUCUGUACAAAUUGAACAAAUUUCACCAAACAGCGAGGGGAGAGUUAUGCCGAC